UUAUUUAGUAGUUUCAUUUUGCGUUUAAAAAUUAAAUGAAUUCUAUCAUUUCUGUCGAUAUCAACAACUAUUAAUGCUUAAAACAUGACGUGGACUUAACAAUUCGUUGCAAUCUGUAACACACAUGAAAUGAAUAUAUUAGUCAUAACAAUAUCGGUUUUAUUAAGUGUGAUUUGUGUACUGUUAGCUUUACUUCAGCAUUAUUAUUUUAUUAAUAAGUUAUACAAGAGGCCAAGUAUUAGAUAUGAAGAACCAGUAUUCGAAGAUUUAAUUCCAUCCGACAGAAACAACAAAUACAACUACAACUACCCGCUGCAACAGGUGGAAGAUCAGAAUUCGGACAGGAUAUUGAGCCAACUGAACUCCGUGCUGGUGUCCCAGCCCAAGGAGGACACCAUAAGGUACUUGUUGAAAAAUGAUAAGGCCACUGGUACGGAUUCGGAAGUGUACAACACUCUCCAAGCCGCUAUUGCUUUCAAAUUGUCCGGGAAAAGCCACAAAGCCUUGAAGUUAUUCGAGCAUGCAGCAGCCAUUGCUCCCGAAAACGCGGAUGUUCUUAACAGAUAUGGGGAGUUCCUGGAACAACAGCACCACGACAUCGUCGCUGCUGAUGAAUUAUACUUUAAGGCAUUGUCGCAUACUCCGGAUCACAAGGCUGCUUUGAUAAAUCGCCAACGCACAGCUCCCGUCGUAGAAGGCUUGGAUUACAAUUUGUUUAAGUUGAUCGAUGAGCGAAACGACUUCUUGAAGAACCGAAUAAAACUGGAUGCCUUCGAGACUGUUAAGAAACAAGCCUACUACUUGCAUAUUUAUCACACGGUUGGUAUCGAGGGUAACACCAUGACAGUGGAGCAACUGAGGUAUCUUCUAGAAACCGGUCAAGUAGUCAGCGGUAAAAGCAUCAUCGAGCACAACGAAGUCCUCGGUUUGGAGAAGGCCAUGCAAUACAUAAAAUUAUUGGUGAAGGCGGAUUACAUCGGGCUGGAGCAGAUUUUGGGGAUCCACAGGAGGGUGAUGGGGCACGUGGAUCCCAUCACUUCGGGCGUUUUCAGAGACGAGAAGGUUUUCGUGGGAAACCACGUUCCGCCGCCGCACGAGGACGUGCCAGAUCUGAUGGAGAGCUACGUGCAGUGGUUGAACUCCGAGGACGCCCAGAGCAUGCACCCCGUUCGUUAUGCAGCAUUGGCUCACUACAAAUUGGUGGACAUCCAUCCGUUCACGGACGGAAACGGACGCACAAGCAGGCUUAUUAUGAAUUUGAUACUCCUCAAGGCCGGUUACCCGCCGGUGAUGGUGCUUAAAGAGCAGAGGGAGAAGUAUUACGAUGCUCUGAAGACUGCUAAUAUGGGUGAUGUUCGACCGUUCGUUAGAUUUGUUGCUCAAUGCACCCUCCAGAUUUUGGAUAUGUACAUUUACGGCACCAUAAGGUCAAUAGAAGGAAGUAUAGAUGAAGAAGAUAAGAACAUUAUCAAAUUCGAGUAACAAUAUUUCUUGAUAUUUUUUUUAUUUGUGAUAAAUUACCAAAGAUACUUCCGAAAUGUUCACUCUUAACUUAUGUUUGAAAUUUUUAAUUUUUAGUCAAGCAAAAUAUCACGAAAUAUUUAAAUUAUGGUGUUCAAUAGUUUGUAAACUCCAAGGCAUUUUUCUGUAAUUGAAAUGCCUUGGGUGAAUGAUCUAAUUACAGAGGCGGAAGAAUAUUCGUACGGUGGGAUUUUUAAUCCCUUACAAAAGAACUCAAAAAAAAAACCAAAAAAAAAAUUUAAAUAUGUUUAAUUGUGGUGUAUGUAUAAAUCUCUGUGACUAAUGAUAGUUAUGUUAGUUGGAAGAUUUAUGCACACAUUCACUAUUUGUAAAUGUAGUAAAAACUUGCUGUGAUAAGUUAUUUAAUUCUUCAAAGGGUGAUUUACUCCAAAACUUUCAAAGAAAUAAUUAAAAUUGUUUUUAGGUAAAGUAUGGUUUGAUAUCCUUCUGAAGAAAUAGCUAAUGUAACUUCCAUAUAUUUGUUCAGUUUAUUUUUCCAUAUAU